UGUUCAACUACCAUCCUAGACCGGGCUGUUGAAAUGGCACCAGGGACAUUGGUCGUCGUAUUUUCAUUUCUUUGGGUUCGGUUUACUAUACUGCCUUUCGUAUAUGGCCUACCCGUGUCCGACCAGUCUCUUCCCAGGGCUUGUAAUUCUGCACUUCGGCCAGAAAGACUCAGUGGUGUGAAGGGAGUCUUUAUGUCACCACGUACUGAACACGGUAUUUAUCCAAAAAAUGUGAGAUGUGAGUGGGACAUUCAAGUUGCCACCGGCAUGAUUGUAGAAAUAACAUUUCAAGAAUUUGAAUUGGAGGAGUCUGUCGCCUGCAUCUAUGAUCAUGUGACGUUGCUAGAUGGUGGGCCCGGCGGUCGUGUUUUAAAGCAAUUGUGUGGAACUGACGGCGUUGCGGAGUCUCCUAUUCUGUCUAUACACAAUAACGUUAGAGUGAUUUUUGAAUCUGAUGCUUUUACGCAAGGCAAAGGGUUUAAAGGGUUUUAUGUGCCAUUUGAUCCAGCAAAAAGAGAUGACAUCGAUGGUGAUCCGUGUGAUGGAACUCCCCUUAUUUUUCAAACCUUCUCGAGCGGAAUUUUUUCCUCGAAUUUCCCCGGCCGGAAUUACUACGGCUAUAACCAAGUCUGUGAAUGGAGGCUUUUGGGACCACCUGGCACUGUUUUCCAGCUUACAUCUUUGAAUUUCAAUGUAGAAUAUACCGAGAAGUGUGUCAAGGAUCAUAUGACGAUAUAUGACGGUAGUGAUCCGUCUUAUGCCAUAAUUGAGAAAUCCUGCGGUUACCACGCCCAACCUCUCCGCUUCAAUUCCACUGGGAAUGCAUUGUGUGUGAGAUUCAUAAGUGACAAUACCACUACUGGAACGGGCUUCCGAUUCAAGUUUUGGAGAUUUGAAAGUGAGGAUAAUAUUAAACUAUUGGAAAAACAUUACGAACCAGCUGGAAUCAUAAUCGUGGCAGGGAAAGGAAAAAACAUCUUGACUCAAGUAACUAAAGGCAAAUCCACCGGGGCUCCACCUGCCCAGACUUUUACAAGUCCUGUAUCAGUGCCAAAGAAGACGUCAGCAAUUACCAAAACAAUACCUGUUAAAACAAAAAUGGACCCAGGCUCAGUUACGAAACAGCGUGUCAUUUCGCAUCAACCUGAAUUUGCUACGGCUUUGACGACUUCUGUCCCGUUUUACACGAAAGCGAAGCUGGCACAAACCGUUAAAUCUGAAAAGCAAGCAAAAAUAUCCAAAUUGGUCAAAGAAUUCAAUCACGUACCGCAUUCUACCUUAGUUAUUACCCCAACGACCUUGAAGCCAGAGAAAAUUUCGAUGAAAAGUCAACAGUACUCGACAUCUUCAGGCAUCAACAUCGUUUCACAGACGUCUUUAUUUACAACUGCAACGCAGACCACUAGAGAAAUAAUUGGUACACGUGUACCUUCUAUAAAGUACAAUCAACACCCUGAAGGUUCACAGAAAGAGAGCGAAGAGCUUGAUGCUGCUCGUCAUUGCCGACCUUCCCUUACACAAGUGGACUCAGUUUCCGGGUUUAUCAGGUCUCCAAACUAUCCCCAUCAGUAUGAUAGCAAUGUAUUCUGUGAAUGGGAUUUGACGGCUCCUGAAGGCAAGGUUAUAAGGUUUGAAAUAGAAACGCUAUCCAUUGAAUUCCACCCAACUUGCAAUUACGAUAGCCUGACCAUUAAGGUGCUAGACCGAGAGGAGUACAGAACGCUUGCACAGUAUUGUGGGUCAUACCGACCGAGCCCGACCUUCAUCAUUGUACCUCAGAGAAGAGCUAAGGUUGUGUUUCAGACGGAUGCAUUUACAAACAAAUACGGGUUUUCGACUAAGUAUAUCUUCACAGAGUGCGCAAAUGAAGAGGAAUAUUUUGAAUGUGGCAGCGGUGAAUGUCUGCCUUCUCGUAAACUUUGUGACGGGAACAGAGACUGUCGUGAUGGUGGAGACGAGAACACGAGAUUUUGUGCACCUGACUGUGGUAUUAAAUCGAUCGAAGACAUUGAAGCCACACCCAGAGUCCUUGGCGGUGUUCCAGUCAAGUCGCCGACAGCGUGGCCCUGGGUUGCCGGAAUCGUGGACCUCUCGGGUCGCCUGCUGUGUGGGGCAGCUCUUAUUUCACCUUCAUGGGUGCUGACCAGUGCUCAUUGUGUCCAAACUGCAACUUCAGAUCAGCGAAAAAUCCAUAUUGGGUCACAUGUAAUGGAUAAUGUCAAUAGCAAUAGCGGUGUUUCACAAUUGAUGGAGAUAUCGAAAAUAAUCAAGCACCCGAGGUAUCAUAAUAAAACAAUGGAACACGAUUUGGCACUCAUAAAACUUGUCCAGGCCAAAAGUGGAGCGACUGCCAUUUGUUUGCCAGAAGCAGAAGAUUUGGUAGUUGAUGGACAGGCGUGUGUUAUGGUAGGGUGGGGAGCUGGAAAAGCUGGACAAACCACCGGAAGCACAGUGCUGCAGGAAGUAGCGCUGCCUGUCCUGACAACGGGCAUGUGUCGCGAGAAUACUAUUUAUGGCAAUGCCAUAAAAGACAGUAUGUUCUGUGCAGGAGAUCUUCAAAAUGGUGGAAAGGAUGCUUGUUCAGGUGAUUCUGGCGGACCACUACAGUGCCAUGUACGUGGUGUGUGGACAGUAGCCGGAGUGGCCAGUUGGGGGAGUGGCUGCGGUCAGGCAGAUAAACCAGGCGUAUACACUCGUGUUUCAGACUACCUGACGUGGAUCUGGGCAACGGAGACGGGAACAGUUAACCAGCAUCAACAAAGUUCUUGUCAACUUCAUAUUCCACGUAAUUUGUGUGUUAAAAGGGUCCAGCAAGAGCUGGAUUUUUGGAAAAUUGAUCGUAAAGAAGUAGGCUCGUGUUGUCUCCAUAUAUUUACUGACGCAGAGGAACAAGAGACGGAAGCACUGGAGAUGUCUAAAGAAUUUGGACUCAUCCCGAUGAACGAUGACCAGAUGACAGAAAAACUAAUUGGUGUGUCCAGUCGUCGUAUCCGAUUGUGGACUUUUCUUAGCGAUCCGAAUUCUUCCAAGGCAGCUCUGGCAUGGCUAUACUUCUACCUAAGUUUGGUCGUGUUGACCAUAAUUUGUACAGCCUUAGGAACUGACAACAAUAUACGAAUCGGCAAAUACUUAGGAAACAUAUCGCUGGACGAAGAAGCUUUGGCAGCAGAAUUUGACAUCAAGGAUAAUAUUAAACUAUUGGAAAAACAUUACGAACCAGCUGGAAUCAUAAUCGUGGCAGGGAAAGGAAAAAACAUCUUGACUCAAGUAACUAAAGGCAAAUCCACCGGGGCUCCACCUGCCCAGACUUUUACAAGUCCUGUAUCAGUGCCAAAGAAGACGUCAGCAAUUACCAAAACAAUACCUGUUAAAACAAAAAUGGACCCAGGCUCAGUUACGAAACAGCGUGUCAUUUCGCAUCAACCUGAAUUUGCUACGGCUUUGACGACUUCUGUCCCGUUUUACACGAAAGCGAAUCUGGCACAAACCGCUAAAUCUGAAAAGCAAGCAAAAAUAUCCAAAUUGGUCAAAGAAUUCAAUCACGUACCGCAUUCUACCUUAGUAAUUACCCCAACGACCUUGAAGCCAGAGAAAAUUUCGAUGAAAAGUCAACAGUACUCGACAUCUUCAGGCAUCAACAUCGUUUCACAGACGUCUUUAUUUACAACUGUAACGCAGACCACUAGAGAAAUAAUUGGUACACGUGUACCUUCUAUAAAAUACAAUCAACACCCUGAAGGUUCACAGAAAGAGAGCGAAGAGCUUGAUGCUGCUCGUCAUUGCCGACCUUCCCUUACACAAGUGGACUCAGUUUCCGGGUUUAUCAGGUCUCCAAACUAUCCCCAUCAGUAUGAUAGCAAUGUAUUCUGUGAAUGGGAUUUGACGGCUCCUGAAGGCAAGGUUAUAAGGUUUGAAAUAGAAACGCUAUCCAUUGAAUUCCACCCAACUUGCAAUUACGAUAGCCUGACCAUUAAGGUGCUAGACCGAGAGGAGUACAGAACGCUUGCACAGUAUUGUGGGUCAUACCGACCGAGCCCGACCUUCAUCAUUGUACCUCAGAGAAGAGCUAAGGUUGUGUUUCAGACGGAUGCAUUUACAAACAAAUACGGGUUUUCGACUAAGUAUAUCUUCACAGAGUGCGCAAAUGAAGAGGAAUAUUUUGAAUGUGGCAGCGGUGAAUGUCUUCCUUCUCGUAAACUUUGUGACGGGAACAGAGACUGUCGUGAUGGUGGAGACGAGAACACGAGAUUUUGUGCACCUGACUGUGGUAUUAAAUCGAUCGAAGACAUCGGAGCCACAGCCAGAGUCCUUGGCGGUGUUCCAGUCAAGUCGCCGACAGCGUGGCCCUGGGUUGCCGGAAUCGUGGACCUCUCGGGUCGCCUGCUGUGUGGGGCAGCUCUUAUUUCACCUUCAUGGGUGCUAACCAGUGCUCAUUGUGUCCAAACUGCAACUUCAGAUCAGCGAAAAAUCCAUAUUGGGUCACAUGUAAUGGAUAAUGUCAAUAGUAAUAGCGGUGUUUCACAGUUGAUGGAGAUAUCGAAAAUAAUCAAGCACCCGAGGUAUCAUAAUAAAACAAUGGAACACGAUUUGGCACUGAUAAAACUUGUCCAGGCCAAAAGUGGAGUGACUGCCAUUUGUUUGCCAGAAGCAGACGAUUUGGUAGUUGAUGGACAGGCGUGUGUUAUGGUAGGGUGGGGAGCUGGAAAAGCUGGACAAACCACCGGAAGCACAGUGCUGCAGGAAGUAGCGCUGCCUGUACUGACAACGGGCAUGUGUCGCGAGAAUACUAUUUAUGGCAAUGCCAUAAAAGACAGUAUGUUCUGUGCAGGAGAUCUUCAAAAUGGCGGAAAGGAUGCUUGUUCAGGUGAUUCUGGCGGACCACUACAGUGCCAUGUACGUGGUGUGUGGACAGUGGCCGGAGUGGCCAGUUGGGGGAGUGGCUGCGGUCAGGCAGAUAAACCAGGCGUAUACACUCGUGUUUCAGACUACCUGACGUGGAUCUGGGCAGUAAUGUCAAGAAACUGAUCUCAUUGUCGUUGCUCGUGUAUACCGGGCAUGCAUGAGACACAUUGAAUACAGCCGUUUACCACCAACGAGCACAUACUUGCAGCCUUGUUUUGACACACCUGCCUUACCUGUUGCUAUAAACCUUACUUAGUUAUCGUCAUUUAUGAGUACAUAACCGAUUAUUAAGAAACUGGUCAAUACCUGAUGCAUUAACUGACAGAAAUUUACUGGAUAAAACCCUAUUGGCGGCGAUAAGCUUGUGUAAAUUUUGUUUGUUGAAACGUUAUCCAUUUCGAUUUAAGUGGCAUAUAAAUAUUUGUUUUAAAACAAACCAUUAGUGGAGUCAAUUGUGUCGACCAGAUCUAUUAGUAACAUUGAUUGUAAACAACUGCAACUUGUUGUUACGAAAAUGUGCCUUAACAUAUUCAUUUAAAUUGGCAGAGAGCGACAUUAUGGCCAAACUAAGUACCUGCUGAGUCAUUCCAUCAUUACAGUUUUGGAAAUCGGUCUAAAAGUGCAUUAAUUUAGGUGUGCUUCAGGUGCUUUAAUUGCCAAUUUGGUUGACAUGUGUUUUGUUCUGAAAAAUAU